UUUCUUCCCUCCAGUCUGCGCUUCCUCACGGAGCUAGGUGCGUAUCAUUGGAUCAGUAGCUGCUGCCUGCCACACUGUCCAAUCGCAUCUAGGGAGAGAAAGAGACACAGAGAGAGAGAGAGAGAGAGAGAGAGAGAGAGAGAUGGGGGAGGGAGGAGAAAGAAAGGAAGAGAGGGAGAUUGAUUAUUUGACCGUCCUGGGCCUUGCAUUCCUUGGAGAAGCAUAUUUCGACUCCAUCCAGAACGUCAUUUUUUUGUUCUUUUAAACCUACACAUCUUCUCGGACUGAAGGCUUGAGGCUUUGUUUUUGUCUUGUUUCUUUUUUUGGGUUAUUCUCACCCAGGAGACGUGCCAACGCCACCAGCAGCAGCAGCAGGAGCAGGAGCAGGAGCAGCAGGAGCAGGAGCAGCAGCAGCAGAGGAGUAUCUCCCAAUAUCCCAUCCCGGGCACGUCGGAUAAGCUGCAGCAGCGAAAACACGAGGCGAAUAUUGCGGUGUAACGGGAACAUGGUCCGCGGGAUUUCACACCUCUCGCCCUUGCUGGAUACGGAGGCACUUUGGGCUCGUUAUGGGGGUGACCGGAAGGAGAGAGUGACAGAGGAACAGUGAUGCUACUGUUUACAUAACAAGAGACUAACACACACACACACACACACACAUACACACACACACAUACACGAAUACACACAUGCCCAAAUCGCCAGUGCAGGACAUACACACUGGCUUUAAACACUUCCACACACACAGACAAACAUUCAAGAGACUCGCUGACUGAGUCACCACACACUCAGAGGCACAGGAUCACUGACUCACACGCAGGACCAAGCACACACAUAAACAAACACAGACAUACAAAGGGGGAAAAGGUUGUUUUUUAAGAACCAGGGUUGUGUGUUGUGCGUGUGCCAUGGGCCAAACUGAGCAGCAGCUGUGUGUCACUGUUGGAUACCUCUAAAGGGUCAAAACAGCCGUAACCCUCACCCUUCCCUGGUUCCUUUCCCCUCCCCUCGCAUCCCUAAUCUCCCAGCUACCCCUAAACGCACCACCAUGUCCACACUGAGGACUGGGAGAACUCCCUCCCUGAGGUUUCUAUCCCUCCUUCUCUCCCUCUGCCUCUCCCUUUCCCUCUAUCCCGCCCUGUCCUCGUCGCAGCAGACCGUGCCUGUCAUCUCAACGGCGCAGGGGCGAAUCCGUGGCAUGUUGACCCCACUGCCCUCGGACCUCCUGGGGCCUGUUAUCCAGUACCUGGGAGUGCCUUACGCAAGGCCUCCCACGGGAGAGCGGCGCUUCCAGCCGCCCGAGCCUCCGCUGCCCUGGCCGGGAAUACGAAAUGUGACACAGUUUGCUCCCGUGUGCCCGCAGUCACUGGAUGAGAGGAGCAUGCUGGGAGAUAUGAUGCCCUCCUGGCUCACGGCGAAUCUGGAUAUAGCGGCCACGUACCUCACUCACCAGAGUGAGGAUUGUCUCUACCUCAACAUUUACGUGCCCACUGAAGAAGACAUCCACGAGGAGGGGGGGCAGCGGCCGGUGAUGGUCUACGUCCACGGGGGCUCGUACACAGAAGGCACUGGAAACAUGAUGGAUGGCAGCGUGCUGGCAAGCUACGGCAACGUCAUUGUCAUAACCCUCAACUAUCGCCUCGGAGUGCUGGGAUUUCUAAGUACAGGCGAUCAGGCUGCAAAAGGGAACUACGGCUUGCUGGAUCAGAUUCAGGCCCUGCGCUGGGUGAAGGAGAACAUUGCAGCCUUCGGCGGAGACCCAAACAGGGUGACGGUGUUUGGAUCAGGGGCCGGAGCGUCCUGUGUGAGCCUGCUCACUUUAUCACACUACUCUGAAGACCUGUUCCACAGAGCCAUCAUUCAGAGCGGCAGCGCUUUAGCCAGUUGGGCCGUCAACUACCAGCCAAGCAAGUACGCCCGGCAGCUCGGCGAGAGGGUGGGCUGCGGCAUUGACGACAGCACCCAACUGGUCGCCUGCCUCCAGGGGCGAAGUUACCGGGAACUUGUGGAGCAGAACGUGACGCCGGCCAAGUAUCACACGGCUUUUGCCCCGGUGAUUGAUGGCGAUGUCAUACCGGAUGACCCCCAGAUUCUGAUGGAGCAGGGAGAGUUUCUGAACUACGACGUGAUGCUGGGGGUUAAUCAGGGCGAGGGCGUGAAGUUUGUGGAGGGCAUCGUGGACUCGGAGGACGGUGUCACGGCUGAGGACUUUGACUUUGCGGUGUCAGACUUUGUGGAUAGCUUAUACGGAUACCCAGAGGGCCGAGACACGCUGAGAGAGAGCAUAAGGUUUAUGUACACGGACUGGGCGGACCGCGACAACGCAGAAACACGCCGGAAGACCCUGGUGGCAUUAUUCACAGACCACCAAUGGGUGGCUCCAGCCAUCGCCACUGCGGACCUGCACGCUCAGUAUGGAUCCCCCACCUACUUCUACUCCUUUUACCACCACUGCCAGAGUGACGCCACGCCGCCGUGGGCUGACUCCGCCCAUGGUGACGAGGUGCCCUAUGUCUUUGGUGUGCCCAUGGUGGGACCCACUGAUCUGUUCAACUGUAACUUCUCCAAGAACGACGUGAUGCUGAGCGCUGUAGUCAUGACUUACUGGACCAACUUUGCCAAGACUGGAGACCCAAACCAGCCAGUUCCUCAAGAUACCAAGUUCAUCCACACAAAGCCCAACCGUUUUGAAGAAGUGGCCUGGUCUAAGUACACCCCCAAAGAGCAGCUGUACCUCCACAUCGGCCUAAAACCCCGAGUCAGAGACCACUACCGCGCCACCAAGAUCUCUUUCUGGCUGCAGCUGGUCCCUCACUUGCAUCACGUCAACGAGCUCCUCCAAUCAGUGUCCUCCUUCACGCAUAGUCCCUCCCCACAGGAUGACACUCCUUACUCUUACACCAAGCGUCUAUCCAAAGGUUGGCCUCCCAGCAGCACUCGCCAUCCAGGCUCACAAGGAGGUACUCCACAGCCGCCAGAGUCCGCUUUAGGCCAAGGUGGAGGGGAAGAGGGGGUCCGUGUCCCGAAUGAGGACUACUCAACCGAGCUCUCAGUGACGAUUGCGGUGGGAGCUUCGCUGUUGUUUCUGAACAUCCUCGCCUUCGCUGCUCUGCUGUACAAAAAAGACAAGAGGCGUCUGGAGCACCGUCGGCCUCGCCCACUUCCUCCCCCAAGACGAGACAUUACAGCCGCUGAUGUCGCUGCACACCUGCAGGGGGAGGGUCUGAUGUCGUUACAGGUGAAGCAGCUGGAGUGCGAUGCUGCGUCAGCCGAUGAGAGGAACAACGCUCACCACCAUCACACUCUGGACACACUGGACGCUCUGGACGGUUUGGACACGCAGGACAUCUACAGCACACUGGACACCGUGCGCCUCACCUGCCCGCCUGAUUACACUCUCACCUUGCGCCGCUCACCCGACGACGUCCCCCUCAUGACCUCUCUGACCCCGGGAUCGCUCCCUGUGACCCCUGGGUCGCAUCCUGUUACCCCGGCAACGCCAAUGACCCCCAUGACCCCUGGAUCUGUAGUGGGUAUGAGGAUGGGUCAUCCGCACCAGGGAUACACACACCAUAGCCCGUAUAGUAAUACACACUUGCCACACACACACAUCUCCACGCACACACACUCCACCACACGUGUAUAACCGCAGCAAGAUACAGAGACUUAAUUACAACACAAACACACACACAUACAAACGCACAUGCAUACCACACACACAUAUACACAAACACACACAUAAAACAAAGGACUUAAAUACCUCUACUAAUUACCCUGCAGGAUUGUUACAGAUGGAGUGAGAGAGACAUUUUCAGUAACAGGAUGAAGAGACAGACAGCUGUGUGUUUGCAUGUCAGGGGAACUGAAGACAAGCUGGAUCCUGGGAGAUGCAGUUCUAUGCAUCAUUUGCUCUUAACCCAGAACAAGACGAGCUGAGACAUCCGUCAAGUGUCUUGAAUUCCUUCUUUGGAUAUGAACUCUUCUGCUUUUUCUACACCUGAGGAGGAAGAGGAGGGGUGCUGUGCCACAAAGGGUCAGUUAUGGAUCAGCUUACGUCUCCUGCUGUACCCGCGCUGCAUGGUGAAGCAGUGCUGGGGCCGAGUAGAGCAGACACAAAACGCAGACACAGAACAUAGUUAAGAAGUACCACACACACACACAGACUGCUGAUGUCGACUUGAACAACCUGUGAAAUGUGAAUGUAGCAUUUUUUUCCAUUAAAAGAUCAACGGCCCUAUCUGCCAAGGAUCAAAUUAAGCUAAGAAGAAAAUAACAACAUUUUAAGCACGCGAGAGGGGGGAAAAACACACAGAGAGGAAGAGAAGGAUUUAAAAAAAAAAAUCUCAACAGUAGCUACAGGAAAAAUUUAUCAGAUGGUGGGAAAGAGAUUAGGAUUAAGGAUUUAUCAGAUGUGAGAACUAGAAAGACAAAGUGAGAUGGAUUGAUAGGUAAAAAAGCAGGAGUGAAAAGUCUGCCAAAAGAUGGAUAUUAUCCUCAGAAGAAGGAAGGGCCUCUGAAGUGUUGUCAGACUUACUGAAGAAUCACUCUAACCAGCUAUGUGUUCAACUCUUGUAAAUAGAAUGGGAAGAUACAGAUGAUAUAUUAUGAUUUAUAGCAUUUACUUGCUCUUGCAUUAAAACAUGACUUAUUUAACCACAUUAUUGCUUUCAUUUCAGAUAUUAACUGUAUAAUUGUAUAGAUGUCCUGAAGCAAUUGGCUGGUUAUCUUUCUAUCUCACCCACUGUAGUAUGUACACAGUACCUUUACAUAAAGGCUAUAUUUGCUAUGCACAGUCAUUUCAAUAAUUAACUAUGUCAACAUCUAGAUACUUGUUUAGUAGUUGAAAUAUAAGACAUGUUCACACCAUCCUGUCUAUUUGUUUGGCCGUGGGGUGGUGAUGAGCUAGUACUGUGUAGAUAAUGCAAUAAUGGUUUGAUGAUUGAGCACCAGCCAAAAAUCCAUGACCCCUUAACCCCUUUAAUCCUAACUCCCUGCCCUUUCACCAUUCCCCUUAAAUGUGUCCCUUCAAUUCUUGUUCUUAAAGGCCUUACCCUUUACGCUUUAUGACUCCAAUCUAAUUAAUGUCACCACAGAAAAACACAUGGAGAAGAUUCAUGGCUUCCCAAGUCACAGCGUGUUCCAAAAAGAAAAGUCAAGAUCGCUUUGUUUUGUAUUUGUGUGACCUUUAGGUUUCACACCUCAUAGAGGCUCUGUUAUAUAAGCCUUAACUACCUAAUGCUGACUGAAACCCCUUCCCUUUAAAAGGAAUUGGAUAAGAAACCUAUAUUUCAUGAAGAUCUCAUUUCUCUUUCUCUAAAACUAGAUGCUGUUGAGCAUUAGAAACACCCAACUUCAAAAGGCCCAGAGUUCGGUGUACUACAUUUCAAACUUUUAUUGAUUUAUUUCAGCCAAAUGUGAUUAAUUAAGGUGGAUCUCAGCCCAUGGAGCUGAGAAGGAUUAAUCAUCCUGGCUGUGUGACAGUUUGAGAGACUUUACUUUGUUGGCUAACACACCUUCAGACGUAUUGCUUUUAAAGCUCUAAUGUGCUCCUAAUGGAACAUUAUUUUCUUCCCCAAAUGCCACUAAGAAAAGCUUUUGAAGAUGUGAAAUUAAUUUAUCAAACUCCAACAGAAAUUGGAAAUAAAUAUUGAUUUCUUUUCCAGACAAAAGUCGGAGUUUAUCAGCUAACUGUACAGUGAGGACUUUUGGACGGCAGUUGUUACAGCUAUGUGGUCAUUUUGGAUUUCCAACAUUCUUAAAGUUGAUUUAACUUAAUUUAUGUGAGAUGUUUUAUUAUCAUGGCAUCAACAAUGAGAAUAAGUGAGAUCCUGUCUGUCUAAUUGUUAUUAUUGUAAAGAUAAACCUAAUGCCAACUAACAAGCCAACUCUAACAUCAACCGAAGGCCGUAACCCUUGAAUUGUCUCUUUCCUGUUUUACCCUUUACUUCCUUAUGUUCUAUCCUGCCCCCCUCCCCUCCCCUCCCCCAGCCUCAUCUGUGCGACUCCAUGCAGCAGCUUUGUCACAGUGAGGCCUAUUUAACCUCCUCUCAUCCUAAGUAACUUCUUCAUGAGAGAUUUUAGUUUAAUUGUCAACAGAGUACGUGAAAAAUGAAAGCUGAAAAACUUGUGGAUGGCAAGCAAAGAACUUUUACAAAAUGAUAUAAAAAACAAAGUUUAAUGGAUGUUUGAUUGAUUUCUUUUUUUUCAUAUGGGUUUAUUGACUCAGCGGAUGGCUGGAUUGUGUCAAGCAUAAAACAUUUCUGCUGCAUUUUUGACAAAUAAAUAUCAGUAUUUUACAAUUUA